AUGGCGGGCAGGGAGCCCUUCACGGCCGUGCUGUCCGCGCUGCGCCGCUGCUACGCGGAGGCCUUCCCGCUGGAGACCUUCGUCCGGCGGCUGGGGGACGGCGGCGCCGGGGACGCCCAGGUGCUGCGGGCCGACGACGCGCCCGGCUACCGCAACUUCGUGGGGCAGUGCCUCGUGUGCGUGCCCCGCGGCGCCCGCGCCAUCCCGCGGCCCUUCACCUUCCAGCAGUUAUCUAGUCAGAGUGAAGUCACAGCGCGAGUUGUUCAGAGACUGUGUGAAAAAAAGAAGAAGAAUGUCCUUGCAUAUGGAUACUCCUUACCGGAUGAGAACAGUUCUCAAUUCCCAGUCAUGCCACUUUCCAAGAUACACAGCUACCUACCCAAUACUGCCACAGAAACUCUUUGCAUCAGCGGCUUCUGGGAGACACUGUUGAGCCGCAUAGGGGACGAUGUGAUGAUGUAUUUAUUGGAACACUGUGCAGUCUUUAUGCUGGUUCCCCCUAGUAAUUGUUACCAAGUUUGUGGGCAACCCAUUUAUGAACUUAUUUCACAUAGUGUGAACUCAUCCCUGGUAUUUGUUAGACAAAGGUUCUCAAAGUAUAAAUGUACUAGCUUGCUUAAAUAUAUGCGAAAAAGGCUUAUGUUUCAUAGAAAUUAUCUUUUAAAGUCAUACAGACAAAGAUGUGAAGUUAAUGUCUCCAGAAUGAGAAAUGAAAGAAAGAACAAGAGACAAAGCUUAGUGCCCACUGACCAGUGUUCUGCAAAAGCUGUUUCUAAAGCAAGCAAACAGAUCAGAAUGGUUACUGAAGACCAGGAAAAACAGUGUAGCUCCACUUCAUGUGUUUCAGCCACAGCUCCAUCUCUAAAAAGGAAGAUUCAUAGAGAGCAAUCUGAAAUUCCAGCCAAGAGGGCAAAAAUAGGGGAGAAAGUGAGAGAGGAAAAGGCUUGUAGUCUUGUUCCUGAUGUAAACCAAAGUAGUUCUGAGAGAUCUGAAACUGAGUAUGUAGCACCACGUUCUAAAAGCGUCAUUAAAACCCCCCGCAUUUCUGAAGGAAGUAACAGUGCUGUGUCUGGUCCUUCUUUAGUUCACACAUCUCGUGGCAGGAGGAGGUUUGUGGCAGGCUCUCUUCUGCAGAGAUUUCGGAGUAACAAACCUUUAGAGUCCAACACUGAACUGCAAGCAGAAUCCCGUAGGAAAAGAGUAGAGAUUCGUACGUAUGUAUCUCAGUUGGCUUCAGGACAAAGCAAACCUGUGGAGGGUGCUUCAAAAUGCAGAGAGCAGGAAAGUCCCCCACCUCAUUUAUCAAAGAAGUCACCAAAUAGACUCCUGAGUUCUGCAGCAUACAUUGGGAGGAAGUCUCUUCUCUAUUCUUGCAGGGGUUUCCAAGAAUGUUUUCCUAAAUCAUUUGUAUUGAAUCGCUUGCAGGGCUCUGAGGCAGGUGGAAGACGGCUUAUAGAAGCUAUAUUCUUAAACCAAAAUCAGGUGGAGCAAAGGCUUAACCAAAGUCUGCCAAAGUGCAAGCGGAGAAAGAAGACGUUGCCCAAACGCUACCGGCAGAUGAGGGAUACGUUUCAGGAACUGAUAAACAACCAUGGGAAAUGUGCUUACUUAGCUCUCUUGAGAAAAAAUUGCCCCGUUUGGAUAUCUGAAAUCAGUAUGAAAAAUAUCAAGCUGUUUUGUCAGGCAGCUUUGCCUGGGGAAGCAGAGGUUCAGAAACAAGCAGAGCAGUUUGGGAAAGAGCCUGCUAAGUGUGUGCCAAGCAGCCGAUGUGAAUCUGGUCGCACUGAUGUGCCAGACAACUUGGGUGCUCCUCUGGCAGAAUCUGUGCGUGGGGAGCUGCCACCAAGUGAGGAGCAAAACCCGCGGGAGGCACGCGAUUCAGCCCUCAUGGAGCUCCUCAAGCAGCACAGCAGCCACUGGCAGGUGUACAUGUUUGUGAGGGAUUGCCUGGAGAAGGUCAUUCCUAAAGAGCUUUGGGGUUCAAACCACAACAAGUGCCGGUUUCUAAAAAAUGUCAAAGUGUUCAUUUCCAGGGGGAGGUUUGCUAAGGUUUCGUUGCAGGAGUUGAUGUGGAGGAUGAGAGUGAAUGACUGCAUGUGGCUUCGUCUAGGCAAAGGUGAUCACUUUGUUCCUGCCGAUGAACAUUGUUUCCGUGAAGAACUUUUGGCCAAAUUCCUGUACUGGCUGAUGGGUACCUAUGUUGUUGAGUUGCUCAGAUCAUUUUUCUAUAUCACCGAGACCAUGUUCCAGAAAAACAUGCUCUUCUACUACCGAAAGUUUGUCUGGGGCAAGUUACAGAACAUUGGAAUUAGAAACCAUUUUGUCAAAGUCCAGCUACGGCCUCUGUCUUCAGAGGAGAUUGAAACUAUCCGUCAAAAAAAAUUCAUUCCUAUGGCAUCAAAGCUCCGGUUUAUUCCAAAACCAAAUGGGUUGAGACCCAUAGUGAAAGUGAGCGGUGUUGUCAAACCACAAGCACUCAGCAAGGAAAGCAGAGAAAAGAAGAUGAAUCACUACAACACUCAACUAAAAAAUCUGUUUAGUGUGUUGAAUUAUGAACGGACAAUAAACACCAGUUUUAUAGGCUCUUCAGUGUUUGGGAAAGAUGAUAUCUACAAGAUAUGGAAGCAAUUUGUUACAAAGAUUCUUGAAUCUGGUGGUGAAAUUCCUCAUUUCUACUGUGUAAAGGCUGAUGUGUCCAGGGCUUAUGAUAGCAUUCCUCACAACAAACUGGUGGAAGUGAUUUCGCGGGUCCUGAGGCCUGAGAAGAGAACCGUGUACUGCAUACGGCGCUACGCUGUCAUUAUGAUUACCCCAAGUGGAAGAGCCAAGAGGCUCUAUAAGAGACAUGUUUCUACUUUCAAGGACUUUAUGCCAGACAUGAAGCAGUUUGUGUCCCAGCUUCAGGAGAAUGCCUCAUUGCGAAAUGCAAUAGUAGUUGAACAGAGCUUAACUUUUUAUGAGACAAGUUCCAGCCUGUUUAAUUUUUUCCUUCAAAUGAUACAUAACAGCAUUCUGGAGAUAAGGAACAGGUACUACUUACAGUGUUGUGGAAUUCCACAGGGCUCCAUUUUGUCAACCUUACUUUGCAGCUUAUUCUAUGGAGAUAUGGAAAACAAAUGGCUCGCUGGAAUAAAGCAGGAUGGAGUCCUAAUACGUCUCAUUGAUGAUUUUUUGCUGCUUACACCACAUUUAAUGAAGGCAAGAACUUUUCUAAGUUACAGCUGUACUUCUAUCAGAUCAAGUCUUUCCUUCAAUUCAAGUGUAACAGCUGGAAAAAACAUGAAAUACAAAUUGAGUGCAGUCCUCAAACUGAAAUGUCAUAGUUUAUUUCUUGAUUUACAGAUCAACAGCCUUAGAACAGUUCUCAUUAACAUCUACAAGAUAUUUUUACUCCAGGCUUACAGGUUCCAUGCCUGUGUUCUCCAGCUUCCAUUCAGCCAGCAAGUUAGAAAAAAUCCUGAUUUCUUCCUAAGGAUUAUCUCUCAGACUGCAUCAUGCUGCUAUGCUAUCCUGAAAACAGUAAAUGCAGGGGUUGCUAAAGAUAGCAAAGAUGUAUCUGGCAUAUUCCCUAUUCAGGUAGCAGAAUGGCUCUGCUACCAUGCCUUCACUGUCAAGUUGUUAAAUCAUGAAGCUGUUUACAAAUGUCUGCUUACAUCCUUAAAAGUCUGUAAGAGGAGGCUAAUCAGGAGGAUCCCAGAAGAUACUGUGGCACUACUGCAGGCAGUGACAGAACCAUCUCUUUGUCAAGAUUUCAAAGCUAUCCUGGACUAACUCAUUGAGGUUUAUUUCAUAGUUUUCUCAGGUUUGAAAAUAAAUGCUAUGUCUUUAGGUGACUUCUCUGUAGUUUAUGUUGGUAGAGUGGGCCAAGAGCAAGUUCACCCAGAAGUUUUAUGUGUCUGUUUCUCAGGUACCCUACAAGGACAUAAAAAGAGCAGAUAGCUUUGUUAAUACCUUCCUGUUUGGGGUUUUUUGUUUGUGGGGUUUUUUUUUGUAAAUUCACAGUAAUUUUUGUUCCAUAGUUCUUAUCUUCUUGAUGAAGGAAUCAUUAAACUAUAUUUUGUACAAAAAUAUUAACUUUCUUGUUUCAAUGAGUUGUCUUGAAGGGCUGUUUUUUACUUCUCUGUGUUCCAGUCAAUUUUGUAAUAAAUUGGCUGGUUAACUGCAAUAACACAUAUUUGUUUCCAGGUCCUUUAUUUUAUAGUAAUUAAUAUGCUGGUUUGUGUCACAAAAAGCAGUGACCUGCACAGGGCAAAUGCAUUUCAUGGCAAGCUGUAGAGGCUAGAAAUUUUAUGCUUUGCAGGUCACAAAUAAUGUAUGUCAAAAUUUCACUGUCCAAGCUGAUUAUGUUUAGUGUAUGUUUUAUUUAUUUUGAAUACUUAGGAUAUUUUUAAUACAGUGUUGUACAGAAUGAUGCUGGUGCAUUUAUACCCACAAAAGAAAAGUUCUUGACUAGAUAAUAUACCAAGUAUAUUGCUUUUCUAUUUGCAUAUCUUUGGCUCUCCAAAACCAAAUUUUUUACAAGGACAUAUAGUGGUAGAAAAAGGGAGAAUGGCUUUAAACUGGGAGUUGGUUUGCAUUCAAUAUAAGGAAGAAAUUGUUUACUGUGAUGGUGUUGAGUUGCUGAAAGAGGUUGCCCAGAGAAGUCACGGUUGCCUCAUCCCUGGCAAAUCCCCACUACACAGGGACUGGUGGUUGAAUUGCAGUAUUGCAGUCUGUCCUUUAACAUCACAACUCAGUUCAAAAUGUACAGUCAGUCAUACAGGUUUGGGUUUUUUCUGUCUGCAAAGUGGCACUCUUAAAAUACAUUUUUAAAUAAGCCACAGAGCAAUUGUUCCUACUAGAGACGAAGAACAACACUCUUGCUCUCCAGCCAGCAGCUCAAACAUUUAAAUACCCCCAUGCCCCUCAGUGGUCUGAGUGAUACUGGAUGAGGGAGCACUAUCAGGAACAACAUUGCAUAAGAGAGGCUUGGCAGUGCAGAAAGCUUUAUUUCAUGGGAUCCUGUGGCAGGAAGAGACAGCAAGAUGCACCAACAUGAAGAAAGGAGGGAAUGAGGGAAUGUAAACUUGGCCCAUCUUUCUCUGUGAGAAGAUAAACUUAUGAUGUAGUCUCAGCUGAAAGUGUUUCAUAAAAGUGAAAACAGGGUAAUGCUUGCAAUUCUCUGAGCUGAUGUUUGAACCUUUCCCAACAAUUACUGGCUGAGUUAUCAGUUUUAAAGAGUAGCUGUUUGUAAACAGAUACAAGUACAGUGUAGAAAUCACAAGAGAAGAUUAUUUCAUUAAAAAUAUCCUUCCCCCAAAAAGGUAGGGGAAAGUCAAGUGAAACUGGUAUGUGUUUUCAUAAGUGAAGAAUUUGGAGGUUUGAAGAAGAGCCGGCAGUCUGUACUGGAAACUUGAAGUUGCUGCUGUGGCUUACGUUAAUUGGAAAGAAAAUACUAUGGAAUAGCUUAACCGUGGCAGAGGCAGACAGUUUUUUGCUCUAAAAAUACAUGUUUAUAAUGUUGGGGAGGUAGAAAUUUUCCAUAAAGCUAUUCUGGCACAGAACUGUUCUAGAAGAAAUAGUAUGAUCCGUUGUGGUGGUAAAAUAUAUUCUACUUAAUUGGCAGUAGCAAGGCAGUGCGUUAAACAGCAACUGCUGACAGGAAACAUUUGGGUAGAGUGAAUAACUUGAAUCUAGAAAUAUUAAAUGAAUUACCUUAGGAGCGUUCUGAAUCUGUAAUGUGGAUUUUCAACAAUCAUUGUACAGCUGGGAAAAUUUCAAAAUCUUUGAGAGUUGUGGUGAGGGUUAAGGUCUCAGUAUUUAAGAGAAGGUAAGUAGAGGGAUUGAUAGCCAAACCACUGAAGGUAACUCCCUGCGCUGCAGCAUUGCAAACCACUCAGGAAGUUGAGCUUGCCGGAGGCUUUAAAUGGGGUGGGGGAGAAAUAGGGCUGAACAUUGUUUUUAGUGUGUUUACAGAGCUGUAAGGAAGGAAUUUGACAGAAGCCCCUCUAGGGGAGAUCACAAUAUUUUGGAUGCUUCCAUCAAACAAGUCCUUCUCUCCACUAUUGCCUUUUGGGAAGGAGAUAUGGACUGGGAAUCUCAGGUUGAGGUAGGUGUCAAAUUUCACAAUGUAGGAAACUCCUCUCUGUUCCAGAAGGAUUGUGCUUUUCUUUCUGCAGCUGUUUAUUGUAUUAUGAUAAUUUGGAUGUGUCCUCAUUUAUAGUGCUGUUCCAAUGCUCCUUCUGAGACUUUUUCCUUUAAUAGGCAAUUUAUCUCCUUGUUUUAAGGCUGUGGAUUCUGGCUAAGGCUGAGCAUCACCAUAGCUGUGUUUGUAGCUUUUACUGAUUUACCCCCAAAGAACCCAGGUGGUUCUUGCAACCUAGACAAUCCUAGGAAAGUCUUGUUUGUUGGAACAUUGAGUUUACAGCAGGGUAUUAGAGCAAAGAAGAUUUGAUGGAACAUGGAGAUAAAAGAUUGGGAAAAGAGUGAGUGGAAGGUGUUUGCAUACGCAUGCUCCCUCAAGUAACACAGUCAAGCUAUUCAGGAGAAAAAUGUAUCUAUAGGAUAUCAUCUUAUUGUUCAUGAAUAAGAAGGGGAACCUGUAGCACUAACUUUUUGGAAUGAGGUUACAGUUUUGGAAUUUUGGUAGAGGUAAUAUCAGAAGUGCACUGACAACAGAAAAGCAGUGUUCAUGCAAGAGUUGCUCAACACAUUUUUCUACAUGCCUACUUGAGCUAAACAGUAACUUCAGCUUGUGUUUCCCAGCCAUCAUUUGUAGUUAGUGGAGCUGAAAAUGUCCUCCCCCAGAGUCCUGUCCUGGGUUGAACUGCAUGUCUGGUGAUCCAUAAAGCCUUCCUUGUGCUGAAUGGAAGGGACAGCUCCAAAGUCAAGUCUGGAUACCGUGACAGUGACUCAAGAUGGAGUUAUAGAUUUUAAAGUCUUUUAGAUCUAGUUUAAUUAUUUUCUCAGCUUCUCUCUAUAUUAGUUGGAUGUGUUUUUGUUUAAGAACAGAACUCUGACUACUUAAACCUGCUGCAUAUAGUUGCCUGUAGGAUUUUAAUGAACAUUUAGUGAUGUGUAGUCAGAAACAUGAAUAUAAAACAUAUGCUUUAGUUAGUUAAAAAUUCUUAUUGAUGUAUUUACAACUUUAUAACCUUAGUCCUUUCUCUUCCUUGACUCGGUUACUCACCCUGAAGGCAAUGUCAUACUUUAUCCUCACUUACUUUCUCCGUAUUUUUUCAGAGGCUGCUGAUUCCUUAGGUAUUGUGACAAGAGAAAUCCUCAUCUCCCAGCACUAGAGAGUGGCCAGGAUCUACAGCCAAGUACAGGAAAUCCUGUUUUUCAGUAAACAUUAAUUUUGUUGUCAUGUCCUGUAAGGUUGCAGCUCACUGAAAGGCUGCUAUACAUCUGCAUUUUUGUUAUGCUAUUCAGCUAUUGUGUUUAGUAUGAGAAAUAAAGGGGGGCAAAAUGGGGAUUUUUUUUUACAGUAUUUUCCACUACAAUAAAUUCUGGAAUCUGCUAA